AUACACUACCAUUUCUCGAGGGGAGCUGCUUUCUUCAGUCCAUCCAAACUUUUGUGCAUGGAUGUUACUCGGGACGAAAUAACGUGCUACACCAUCUGGUCUAGAUCUGCAUGGAGACUAUUUCAGUUGAGGCACAACAUUUUCCAAAUAUUUUUUGUUUUGUUGUUUUUUGGCAAUAAUUCGAUUUCUAUAGAUACGUUUUUGGGGGGAUGCGCCAAAACUUUAUUUUUUAUGUGUUAGUGUUUUAACUGGUCUGUUACAUUUCUGAAAUCAAACACAGAUGCAGUAAAUUGAGAAUGACCGGUAUUAUGUUGAAGUGCCUUGUCUUGGCGCUCUUUAUUUGCGGGCACAAAGUCCUGACCGACCUGGGAGUUGAGGGUGGCCAGGAACACUUUGAUUCCAUGGACAGUGACAGCGCUUCAACCCUGGCAUUUGUGUUCGAUGUUACUGGCUCAAUGUACGACGACCUCAAACAGGUGAUAGAGGGCGCCUCUCGGAUCCUGGAAAAGACCCUCAACCGGAGGACCAGACCCAUCAAAAACUUUGUCCUCGUCCCAUUUCAUGACCCAGACAUUGGCCCUGUGUCCAUCACCACUGACCCAAAGAAGUUCCAGCAGGAUCUGCAGGAGCUGUUUGUCCAAGGAGGUGGAGACUGUCCAGAGAUGAGUAUAGGAGCCAUAAAGAAGGCCCUGGAGGUGUCCCUACCAGGCUCCUUCAUCUACGUGUUCACUGACGCCAGGGCCAAAGACUACCGCCUCAAACGGGACGUGCUGCAGCUGGUGCAGCUCCGACAGUCACAGGUUGUGUUUGUGCUAACUGGGGACUGUGGAGACCGCUCUCAGCCUGGGUACAGAGCCUAUGGAGAGAUCGCUGCCACCAGUUCUGGACAGAUCUUCCACCUGGACAAGCAGCAGGUCAAUGAGGUCUUGAAGUGGGUGGAGGAACAGUGCAGGCCCUGAGGUUCACCGCUCUCCUCCAAUCCUUGUGACAGUGCUCAGGAGAACCAGUGGGAGGUGCCCGUUUACCCAGCCUGGGAGGUCACUGUGUCACUUAGUGGGCCAGCCCCUCAGAUCGAGCUCAGGGAUCCCCUUGGGAGGAUGGUUCAUCAGCAAUGGGCCUCACAGAACUGUUUGAAUAUUCCAAAUUCUGCCCGUGUUGUCAACCUCAAGUUCCCCCGACCUGGAGCCUGGACUCUGAAAUGUCCUGUCUAUGUCCAGGUGGGCUGCGGUGGUCGUCACACUCUGAGAGUUACAGGGGUCAGCAAUCUGGACUUUCGGGCUGGGUUCUCGUUACCAGUGUCUGAGUUCAACCAUAGCAGGGAGUCCCCUUCCCAAGGAGUUCCAGCCCAUGUGCUGCUGAAGUGUACAGGACUGACCCCAGGUCAGCUGAGUCACAUGGAGUUAGUUUCAGGUUCAGGGCGCUCCUUACGCACCCUCCCCGUGCCUCUGCCCUCUGACAGGGGCAGCUUAGGACUCUGGAAUGUCCCAGAAUUGCACUCCCCUUCCCCAAGCUUCUUCCUCAAGGUGACAGGGAAGGAUGAGGAAGAAUACCGCUUCCAGGGGUUGUCCAGUUCUCCUACAAACAUCAUCCCAGAUCCCCCCAAGCGCAGGGGCAUGCCCAAGGUGGUGAGCGGUUUAUAUACACCCGCUAUGAGGUGUUCGGUGAGAAGCGGCGUUCCCUAUAGGCUGGGGUUCACCAGGGUGGAGUGGCUGUUCUCUGGCAAAGCAUCAUGGGAAAUUCCACAUGCCUCAGGUAAGGAUGAGGGUCCGUAUGAGUGCAUCGCUCAGAGCAGCGCAGGACUGGGAAGAGCAUUCACACAGCUGACCGUGAGAGAGCCUCCUCCGGUGCUGAAGGCCCCAGUGAACGUGAGCUCUACUGUGGGUGCUGUGGCUGUGCUGGCCUGCCAGGUGGAGGGCUCCAUCGCGCCACAACCUGACCUGGGCAGCGGGCAGGCCUCACUAUCCUGGCCGCCUCCGGGGAGGGUCAGGGUCCUGCCCAACUCCUUCCUGGAGAUCAGUGGGGUGCAGCCCCCAGGACGCUGGCCAGUACCAGUGUGUGGCCACCAAUGCCAACGGAGACAGCGAGUCACAGUGUGGCUGCUCGUCCCAGCCCCCCAGAGCCAAGCCUUCUCCAGGGGGUCUGAGGUCCGCCUCGUCUGCACAGCGUCCGGCUCCCCCCCUCCCCAGCUCUUCUGGAGUCAUGGAAACAUGUUCCUCACUAAUCGGCCAAGGAUGACUAUAUCCAACCAUGGAGGCCUAACAAUCAGAGAUGCUGGAACCGCCACUCAGACUGUGUCUCUCAAUUAUGCAGAGGAACCCAGUAUCUGGGUGGUGAAACCGGUUGUGAUGGUGGCAGUUGGAGGUGAUGCAACUCUGGAGUGCCGAGCCACAGGCAUUCCUCUACCUCUGGUCAAAUGGUCCAAAGGUGAUCUACAGGUGGGCUCAGUUCCUUUUGCUGAGCAGGACGUGCAUCGGGGAGCGCUGCAGAUCCGAGGGGUGCAGGAGAUGGAUGCUGGGGAGUACAGCUGUGUGGCCAGUAACCCUGCUGGAACCUCGUCUGCUACUGUUAUUCUGGAGGUCGGAGCGGCCCCUCUAUUCUCAGAACCCCCAGAUGACAUGACAGUGGAUGUGGGGGAGAAUGUCACGCUGCCCUGUGUCGCCCGUGGUUUCCCGUCGCCUACAGUUACCUGGCGUCGAAAGGAUGGGAGACCGAUCAUCACUAAAGCAGACAGCAGCGGUGGCACGGUGCAACUAGAAACAGGGCAUCUCCUGAUCCAGGAUGUCUGGUUGGAUGAUGAAGGCCUGUAUGUCUGUGAGGCCAAGAAUCAGUUUGGAACCAUCAGGACUGAGGCCAGAGUCAGUGUCAGUGGACUGAGCCCCCUCUUUUGCUGCAACUGGAGUGGCAGGAAGUUCCUGAGGAGUGAUGGCAGCCUGUACAUAGAGAGGGCACUCCAAGAGGAUGCUGGGACGUAUGUUUGCACUGCGGUGAACGUGGCCAGGUCGGUCAACACAUCAGUCAGCCUGGAAGUCCAUGUGCCCCCAGAGAUCAGCGCUGGUCCAUACCACUACAUAGCCAACGAGGGCAUGGCCAUCACCCUGUCAUGUGAGUCCAGCGGCGUUCCCAAGCCAACUGUUGUCUGGUCCAAGGGAAGGGAGCCCCUGCCCAGGGACAGGUCCUCUCCCCAGUCAGACCCUGAUGGCUUCCUCCAUAUCCUCAACCCCACUGCAGAAGAUGCAGGCAUAUACAUUUGCACAGCCACAAGUGCAGUGGGCUACACCAGCCGUGAGAUCCAGCUUAGCGUCAACACCAAGCCUAAGAUCGUAGGUGUGAGCGGUGAGGAGAACACGGUGAAUAUGGCUGCCGAGGGGCAGUCCCUCUCCUCUGGUCACAUGGGCAGCAGGAACGGCCAGCCCAUCCCUCCAGUCACUGCCUGGUUCACCGUGCUGCCUUCUGGCUCUCUGAAGAUCACUGAUGUCCGACCGAUUGAUAGUAAACUUUACACCUGCUCUGCAGAAAACCCAGCAGGCAACGUGUCCCUCAACUACAAUUUACAUAUACAAGUUAAGCCCAAGAUCCAGGCAGCGCCGUCCCUGCUGAAGGCGCUGAUAGGCCAGACGGUGGUUCUGCCGUGUGUGGUUCAGGGGGAGCCCAGCCCUGAGAUCAGCUGGUUCCAGAACGGACGUCCUGUCGGGGCGAGGGACACUGCAGCCCUCAGGAUCCACAGGGCCAGCCACACUGACCAGGGCACCUACAGCUGUGUGGCCAAGAACACUGCUGGACAGGACACCAUGGAGGUCAAACUGGAGGUGCUAGAGGCCCCAUCCUUCGCUGAGCCUGGAGAUGCCAUCAUGGAGAAAGUGGCUAACAACAAGGUCACCAUCCCCUGCCCCGCCAAAGGCUCACCCUUUCCAAAGGUGCGCUGGUUCAAGAACGGCCUGGAGAUACACCCUGACCAAUCAGAGCUCUCUGUGGCACAAGAUGGCUCUCUUGUGAUUGGCUCAGCAUCUGCCAGUCACAGCGGGGACUUCAAGUGUGUGGCCAGCAAUGAUGCAGGCUCUGUUGAGCGGAAGACCCGGCUGAAAGUGAAUGUUCCCCCCGAGAUCCAGGAUGGUGGACAGCCCCUGAACCUGACUGUCACCUUGAAGCAGCCCCUCACUCUCGGCUGUGAUGCCUUAGGUAUCCCCUCCCCCACAAUCACCUGGACUAAAGACGGACAGAAUGUGGUGGACUCCCUUGGAGUGUACCUUCAGAAUGGGAAGAGACUUCUGAGAAUCUACCGGGUCCAGACAGAGCAUGGUGGCCAGUUCACCUGCACAGCUAGUAACACAGCCGGGCAGGCCCAAAGGGACUACAACAUUGUAGUACAAGCCCCACCAGUAAUCUCGGGGACAUCCAGGUUGCAAGACCUGUCAGUGGUUGCAGGACAGGAGGUGGAGUUCCAGUGUCGGGUCGGUGGGCGCCCAGCCCCCAAAGUGGAAUGGAGCCGGGAUGGAGAGGUGCUGUCCAAGGAUGGGGACCCCCAUGUGGAGUUCCAUGAGCAGGGCCAGGUGAUGAAGGUGAAGGUGGUCAGACUGAGGGACCAGGGCUUGUACCAGUGUCUGGCCAGUAACAGCGCUGGGACACAGAUGCGCCAGUUUAGACUCAUAGUGCAAGCUCCCCCCACCAUCAAGGGCCCCAGUGAGACCUCAGAGGUGUCUGUGGUGUUGGGUUUCCCCACCGUUCUGCCCUGUGAUGUAGAAGGUUCUCCCAUGCCCAGUAUCACCUGGCUGAAGGACAACCAGCCCAUCGUGUCCAGUGCCCAGCUCACCUACACCCGGGGUGGGCAGGCGCUGCGGCUGGGGGCAGCUCAUGGAGACAGUGCUGGUAUCUACACCUGCCGAGCCUUCAACCCUGCAGGCACCACUCUCAAACACUACUCACUCAGUGUGCUUGUUCCACCCCAGAUUGAAGGCGACUCUACAUCUCUGAGUUUCGGCGGCCGAGGUGAGAAAGUGCGUAUCAACGGCUCAUUAACCCUGUCCUGUCUGGCUAAAGGCUUCCCUGAACCCAAGACCCAGUGGUUCAAAGAUGGACUGUUGUUGACUAGGAACUCCCACACUGGAAUCCGUGAGAGUGGUCACCUCCUUCACAUAGACAAUGCCAUGCUCUCCCAUGAGGGACAAUACACCUGUGUGGUCACCAACACUGCAGGAGAGGACAAGAGAGACUUCCAAGUCACCAUUCAGGUUCCUCCCAUCUUCCAUCGGGUGAGUAACGGUGCAGCGGCCUGGGGUCUGGGAGGAGAGGAGGAAGAAGAGGAGGUAGGAGACAGAGAUGAUGAGAUAACUGAGAAGAGGGAGGUGGUCCUGGGGCAUCCCAUCAGCCUGUCCUGUGAGAGUAACGCCAUCCCCCCGCCCCGUCUCAGCUGGUACAGAGAGGGACGCAAGCUCUCCACUGCUGACGGAGUGGUACUGCUGCCAGGUGGGCAGGUGCUCCAGAUCCCUCGGGUCCAGCAGGAGGAUGCUGGAAAAUAUACGUGUCAGGCGGUGAACGAGGCAGGGGAGGACCGCAUGCACUUUGACUUGGAUGUGCUGGUUCCCCCAGUGAUAACUGGCCAAUUGGAUGAGUUCAUGGAGGAGAUAGGAGCGGUAGUGAACAGUACCGUGGCUCUCCACUGUGAUGUGACGGGUCAUCCAGCACCAGCAAUCUCCUGGCUGAGGGACGGCACACCACUGCAUUCCGGACAACACCACAGCAUCAGUAAGGACGGGAGACAACUACAGAUCCUCAGUGUGCAGGUGUCAGACAUGGCUGGCUACCUUUGUGUGGCUGAAAACAAGGUUGGAGCAGUGGAAAAGCUCUUCAGUCUAACAGUGCAAGUUCCCCCAAGGAUGGUGGCUGGCAAGGAGGAGGAGGUGAGUGUGAUCGAGGGACACAUGGUGUCCCUGCUGUGUGAUGUCCAGGCGUACCCUCCUCCAGAGAUCACAUGGACCAGAGAUGGACAGAUCCUCCAGUUCAGCACAGGAAUCCACAUCCUGCCAGGAGGUCAGAUGCUGCAGCUGCCCCGGGCCAGACUAGAGGAUGCAGGACAGUACGUGUGCACUGCCACCAACUCAGCAGGCCAGGACCAGAAGAGCAUCCUGCUCAGUGUCUAUGUCCUGCCCACACUGAAGCCCCGCCUUGACUCUGAGACAGAGGUCGUGACCCCUCAGAUUGGCUCGUCUGUCACUCUGCGCUGUGAGGCUCUGGGGAUUCCGGAGCCUGAGGUCACAUGGUACAGGAACGGGCUGCAGCUGGCAGCUGGGAAUGGACUGAAGGUGGACCAGCAGACACUGGAGAUCAUGGGAGUGCAGAUGGCUGAUGGUGGAAUCUACACCUGCAAGGUGUCCAAUGUGGCUGGACAAGUGGACAGGACCUUCCACUUGACUGUCCAUGUUCCCCCUGUCCUGGAUGGGCCUCUUCAUGAGUCUCUCACUCAAAACCUGGGCUCCCAUGUCACCUUGUUGUGUGAGGCUACAGGGGUCCCAGUACCCAGCAUCACCUGGCUGAAGGAUGGCACCCCUAUUGAGAGCAGUCUGCAGUGGCAGUGGUCGGUACGAGGCAACAGGUUGGAGCUGGGUACUCUCACCCUCUCUCAUGCUGGGACCUAUACCUGUGUGGCCAAGAACAGGGAGGGACAGACCCAGAAGGAUUACACUCUCACAGUGCAAGUGUCGCCCUCGAUCCUGGACUCUGGCCAGUCGUCUGACCUGAGUGCCCCAGUAGGUGAUGAGCUGACUCUGGAGUGCAGAGUGACAGGGACACCCGCACCCCACCUCAGCUGGCUGAAGAACGGAGCCACUCUGGAAGAUUCAGACCCCCAACAAAUAGACAUAGCCCCUAAUGGGAGCACUCUAACCCUUCUAAGGCUGAGGCCUGAGGACUCGGGGACCUACACCUGUCUGGCUGUCAGCCCUGCUGGCCAGGAGAGCAAGAUCUACACCCUCUUUGUACUGGUACCCCCCUCUAUCUCGGGCGAGACUAGCGCCCCCAGAGAGGUGCAGACCACCCAGGACAGUAUGGUGACACUGGAGUGCCAGGCAGCGGGCAACCCUCCACCUCAGAUCAGCUGGCUGAGGAAUGGACGCCCCCUCCUCCUGUCUCCCCGUACACGCCUCCUCUCAGCAGACACUGUACUCAGGAUUUCUCCAGUGCAGCUGUCAGACUCUGGGAUCUAUACGUGUGUGGCACGCAGUCGCGCUGGCCUCGCCGAGCUCAACUUUGAUGUACAGGUUCAAGUGCCUCCAGGUGUGGAGCCUGUAGAGUCAGUCACAGUGGUGAGGGGGUCCUUGGUGACGCUGACCUGUGAGGCGCGGGGUGUCCCUCCUCCCUCCCUGACCUGGCUGAAGGACGGCCAGCCCCUGUCCCUGCACCGUAACCUGCUGUUGGACGGCCAGGAGACACGGCUGCAGCUGCCUGAUGUGGGGCUCUCUGAUAGAGGCCUUUACAGCUGUGUGGCCAGCAACCAGGCUGGCAGCAGCACCAAGAGCUUCAACCUCACUGUGUUGGAGCCUCCAAAGAUCUCCAUCUCCAGUUCUCCAGAAGAGUUGAUGGUAGCUGUGAAGACUGCUCUGGAGCUGGAGUGUACUGCCGAGGGCGUUCCCCCUCCUACCCUCAGCUGGCUCAAGGAUGGGCGCCCCUUAAGGGGAGAUAGUGAGAUAGUGCAGGAGGAUGGACACUUUCUUAGGAUUAACAAAGUGCAGGUAGAGGAUGCAGGUCUCUAUACCUGUCUGGCUACCAACCCAGCGGGCGAGGAUGGAAGGAACCACUGGGUCCGUGUUCAAGUUCCCCCAACUCUUCUUGGCUCUGAUGAUGUCAGAUUGUUGUCAGUCCCAGCCAAAGGACACCUGACUAUGGAGUGCCAGGCUGACAGUGACCAUCCACCUAACAUAGAGUGGUACAAGGACGACGUGAAACUACAGCUGGGGGGUCGCAUCCAGAGGCUUGCCGGGGGUCAGUACCUGGAGAUCCAGAACGUCAGGCCUCAGGACAGUGGCCAGUACAGCUGCGUGGUCACCAACAUGGCCGGAAGCACCAGCCUCUUCUUCACUGUGGAGAUCCUCUUGCCACCAGUCAUCAGAGAGAGCAGCUCUGUGGUCACUGCACAUAUCAGUCAGGAUGCAUUCCUGCCCUGUGAAGUAGAGGGGGAGACCUCACCUACGGUCAUGUGGAGGAAAGAUGGCAUUCCUGUAGGUCCUGACAACAACAAGUACACCGUACUGUCUGAAGGCUCUCUGCGUGUAAAGGCUGUUCAGCUGAGUGACACUGGCCGCUACUACUGCACCGUGUCCAAUCAGGCCGGAUCAGAUCACAGUGGGAUGGACUUACGCGUGUUAGUGGGUCCCUCGAUCAGCCCUGGUCCUUUCAAUGUGACGGUGACAACAGGGGUGAGAGCCGUGCUGAGCUGUGAGACCACAGGUAUACCUGCCCCUAAAGUCACCUGGAAGAGGAACGGCACUCCACUAGACCCCAACCAGCAGCCUGGCACAUACAGGUUACUCUCCUCUGGAUCUCUGAUAAUUUCCUCUCCAUCCAAUCAGGAUGAGGGAUAUUUUGAAUGCACAGCAGCCAAUGAGGUUGGAGAGGAGCGCCGGGUCAUUGAGGUCAUCCUACAAGUCGCACCAACCAUUGAAGAUGACAUCACAACAGUCACUGCUAUCAAAAUGGCCCCUGUGGUGCUGCCAUGCCAUGCCCAGGGCAUCCCAGAGCCCACUGUCAGCUGGACCAAGAGUGGAGCCAAGCUGGGCUCCCGGGGAGGGAGUUACCGGGUUCUGCCCACAGGAGUUCUGGAGAUCACAGCUGCUACCCCCAGUCAUGCAGGGAGGUACACUUGCUCUGCCCGGAACCCUGCAGGAGUGUCCCACAAACACAUCACUCUCACAGUGCAAGAGCCCCCUGAGAUCAGGCCCAUGACAGAGGAAGUACAAGUAGUGUUGCAUCAUGGGACGGUUCUGCCUUGCGAGGUGCAGGGUUUCCCUCGACCCUCCAUCACCUGGCAACGAGAGGGUGUUCCCAUAUCAGCUGGUCACAGACUGUCUCUCCUCUCAAACGGAGCUCUGAAGUUCUCUCGGGUCACUCUGGGUGAUGCAGGCACCUACCAGUGUCUGGCACAGAAUGAAGCUGGCACAGCAAUGGGAAGGACACUGCUAGUAUUGCAAGUUCCCCCAGUGCUGAGAGUUCCUCGUGUGGAGUACACAGCAGUCCUGGGACAGCCAGUGAGCCUGGAGUGUGUGGCAGAUGGACAGCCCCAGCCGGAGGUGUCCUGGCACAGGGAGCGCAGGCCCAUCACAGAGGGAGCACACAUACAGCUCUUUGCCAACGGCACCCUGAGGAUCGCGGCCACACAACGCAGUGAUGCUGGCCUGUACACGUGCUCAGCCAAAAACCUUGCUGGCAGGGCCAGCCAUGACAUGAGGCUUGUCAUAAUGAUCCCGCCAAUGAUUCCUGUUGGUCAGCCGGAGUUGUCCGUCAUCCAGGGCUUCCAGGCCAUGUUGCCCUGUGCGGCUCAGGGUAUGCCAGAGCCCAGGGUGUCAUGGAAGAAGGAUGGUAACAUUGUUCCCAGCCUCCCUGGCAAAUUCACCGUGCUGCGAUCAGGAGAGCUGAUCAUUGAGAGGACAGAGCCAGAUGAUGGUGGUGUGUUCACCUGUGUGGCCACCAACACAGCAGGCUCUGUGAGACAGGAUACCCGCCUGUCUGUCAACAUGAGACCCGCCUUCAAGGAGUUACCUGCUGACGUGACCAUGAACAAAGGUCAAAGUCUCAGCUUGUCUUGCCACGCCCAGGGCACCCCUAACCCUGUCAUCUCCUGGACCGCUAACAACAGCCCCUAUCCAGGUUCCAGUGUGGAUGAGGCAGGCAGAAGCUCCUUGGUAAUAGAGAAUGUGACCAUGAGGGAUGCAGGAACCUAUGUGUGCCUAGCAGAGAACAGUGUGGGCACCAUCAGAGCACUCUCAUUUGUCCGCAUCAGAGAACCACCGGUGUUGAAGGGAGAGGCCCACACCUCUCAGACUGUGGCCCAGGAUGCCACUGCCAUGCUGGACUGUCCUGUCCAUGGAGAUCCCAGUCCAGUCCUCCGCUGGCUCCAUGAUGGCAGACCCCUUCUCCGCUCCCUUCGCCUGCAACCCCUCCAUAAUGGCUCCUUGGCCAUCUACAGCAUCACGAGAGAAGAUGCAGGGGAGUACCAGUGUGUCGCUGAGAGUGAGGCUGGAGUCGCUGAGAGGACCAUCUCUCUCAAAGUACAGAUUAAGGGAGGGUACUCUAACUGGGAGGAGUGGGGCCCAUGCAGCACCACCUGUGGUCGAGGGGUUCAGGAGCGAAUCAGGUUAUGCAACAAUCCAGAGCCGGUCAAUGGGGGGCGAUCAUGUGACGAUCCCAGUAUGGACUCCAGGAGAUGUCAGACUGGACUCUGUCCAGGGGAGGCCCCUCGUAAGGCCAGGGGGAGUCUGAUAGGGAUGGUGAAUGAUAGGGAGUUUGGGGUGUCGUUCCUGGAGGCUAACAUCACAGAGAACACAGAAGAGGGCACCAGCACCCUGCAGGCCCACCUGGGCAACAUCCCCCCUAGUGUGGGUCCAUUGCUACGGGUGUUGGUGUCUGUGUUUGCUCCCAUCUACUGGACCACAGUGCUGCAGACUGGAGCGGCCAGGAACGGCUACUCACUGACCCAGGGCCUGUUCAGACAGGAGUCCCAGCUGGAGUUUGACACAGGGGAGAUCCUUCGGUUGACGCAUGUAGCUAGAGGUCUGGACUCAGAGGGGACUCUCCUAAUAGAUAUUGUUAUCAAUGGCUUUGUUCCUCCGACAUUAUCAACAUCCCAUCUCAAUCUGCAGGAGUUUGAUGAGUCGUACGUGCAAACGGGACCAGGGCAGCUGUACUCGUGGUCGUCCCAGGCCCACCAGAGAGCAGGCGGUCCCAUGGUGCUGCGCUGUAACCACUCCAUCACCUACGAGGGCCGAGAGGAGCGCCAGGGGCCACUGCUGCAGCUCCUCAAGGUGUCCCAUAUGAGUGGCGUCUACAGCAUGUUCACUCUCAGUCUGGACUUCCAGAUCACAGCCUCCCUACUCCUACCAGAUGGGGAUGGAGAAACGUGCCCGAAAGGUUUUGUCCUGAAAGGUUUUGUCCUGGAUACAGCCUCUUACUGUACUGAUGAGGAUGAAUGUGCUGCCGAGUCGCCUUGCUCUCAUUCCUGCAACAAUGUGAUGGGUGGCUUCUCCUGUGCCUGUCCCUCCGGCUUCACCAUCUCCCCAGAGACCAACACAUGCCAAGAUAUUGAUGAAUGUGCCCAGGGCUCCCACAAGUGCCACUACAACCAGCAGUGUGUGAACACGGUUGGCACAUACCGCUGCCAGGCUAAAUGUGGCCCAGGGUUCAAGCCCAGCGCCAUGGGAACCAGCUGUGAAGAUGUGGAUGAGUGCCAGGAGUCGUCUCUCUCCCCGUGCCAGCAGCAGUGUCUGAACACCCUGGGCUCCUUCCGCUGUGCCUGCAACCCUGGCUACCAGCUCUCUGGCCAGCGCUGUCUGGACAUCAAUGAGUGCAGCCGGAAUGUGUGCCCAGCUCACCAGCAGUGCCGCAACACAGAGGGAGGCUACCAGUGUUUUGACAGCUGCCCAGCUGGCAUGAGAAUGGGAGAGAAUGGGGCCUGCAUGGAUGUGGACGAAUGCCAGGAUGGAAGCCACUUGUGCCGCUACAGCCAGAUCUGUCAGAACACCAUGGGAGGGUACGGCUGUGUCUGCCCCAGAGGUUACCAGUCCCAGGGGGUGGGCCGUCCAUGCCUGGACAUUGAUGAGUGCCUACAGACGCUGAGCCCCUGUGCCCACCAGUGCCGUAACGUGCCAGGCAGCUUCCGGUGCCUCUGCCCACCAGGCACUGUGUUACUGGGGGAUGGGCGCUCUUGUGCUGGUCUAGAGAGAGGACAGGUAUUUUCCAACGGUAGCCGCGUCAGGGCAAGACUGCGCCCACAGCUGGUGUCAUCACUGGGUAGGCCCCUCCUCUCUCGGCAUCAUGGGGUAUCCCGCAUCACCAGACAGAGCUGCCCCAUAGGCUACACCAACAGAGAUGGCACAUGUGUCGAUGUGGAUGAGUGCUUGCUGAGGAACCCAUGCCAACAUGAGUGCCAGAAUACCAUAGGCAGUUUCCAGUGCCUCUGUCCUACAGGCUACCAGCUGUUACCCAACGGCAGGAGCUGCAAAGACAUUGAUGAGUGUGCAGUACAAGGCAUCCAAUGUGGACACAACCAGAUGUGCUUCAACACUCGUGGAGGAUAUCAGUGUCUGGACACGCCCUGCCCUGCAUCCUAUCAGAAAGGAGAGAGCCCAGGGACGUGCUACGGACCCUGCUCUCGGGACUGUGGCUCUGGGGGUUCCCCUCUGCUACUGCAGUACAAGCUGUUGACCCUCCCCCUGGGCAUCCCAGCCAAUCACAACGUGGUGCGCCUGUCUGCCUUCUCGGAGGGGGGGGUGUUGCAGGAGAGAACAUCCUUCACCAUCCUGGAACAGGGUAGUGAGGGGGGUCCAGAGGUGGGGGCAGGGGGCCAGAUGUUUGGCAUCAGGGACCAGGCAGGCAGGGGCAUCAUCUUAUCCCUGCGGCCCCUGCAGAGGUCAGGCCUGGUGCGUCUGAGGGUGCAGGCCACUACCCUCUCCACACAGGGCCGCAUCACAUACCAGAGCAUCUUCAUAAUCUACAUCUCCAUCUCUAGAUACCCCUACUGAGCUGAAC